AUGUUCAAGAACCUCAGAAACAUAGCAAGCGAGAUUAAAGGUGAUCAUGCUAGAUCUACUCCAGAUGAUAGUGUGAGCAGCGAAUCUAAAACAAGAAGGUUUUUAUCCAGUAAAUCAUCUAGCAGCGGAAUUCAUUUACGCAAGAAACAUAAAGAGUGGGAGGAAAUAGAUGGUAAAACCGAAGAUGAAACAGUGGUACACUUAGCACUCGUAAAAUUUUUCAGGGAACAUGGUAAACAGCAACCAUCAUAUCUAGGCCAUCAAAAGUCUUCAUUACAGGUCAAAUCAUCGGUAUCUUCACAGAUGCAGCAACAGCCAACACGACAAUCACUUGCAACAUCUCAUUUUCAGGCACAGCCAUCUAAUCAGCAUGAAGCUAGUAGGUCAAAAUCGGUGCUAUCAAAACGGUCCGAACCGUCAAUACGCAGGUCAGAAUCAAGGCCAUCGUUAGAAUCACAUACUUCUAGAUUUGCGUCUCACAGACAUAACAACUCAUCGCCUCCAUUACGGCAGCAGCAACAGCAACCGCAACAGCAACCACAAGCAAAACACUUCCAAGAAGAACAGGAUAUACAGCAAAAAUAUCAUCAGCACCAUGCUGUGUCGGCACCAGUUGCGAGACAGUAUCAUAACCAAGAACAAUCUAGUGAAAGACCACAAGUUAAUCAUUCCUCUUCUGAAGGUUCCAGGAAUGAAACCACUUCACCUGGCCGAUUUCAGAGUAGGUUCAGCUCCCACACUUCUCUUCAUAACUUGCAUACAUCUGGUAGUAGGUUUGGCCGUCGUAAAGAACAAUAA